CUGGCAUUGUUGAUGCGUGUCAGUGAUCAGUGGUUUCAAUGGCUUUGGAGAGGAACAAACAUACCCCUCCUUUCCUUCAUUUCACUUUGUCCAGCAUCCAACACCAUGACCGACCAGUCUGCCGUCUCCAUCCCAAUUCGGUCAGCAGACAAUGGAGAACGAUCGCACUCAUCGUUAUCGAUGGAUGAAAAGAUGGGCGAAGCAAUCCAAACAUACCGCGACAAAAUGUACAAGUCAAACGUACAGUUCAUUCACGAUCGUGUCGAAGAUAUUGAAGCAAUGAACCUGCCCAACGAAGAGGCCAAAUUGGCCCUCAUGGGCCGUUUCUGGUUCCAUAUGGAUAAAUGGUAUAUACCAGAACGGGUUUCUCUUAAUGCCCAUCUAGAGGGGGCCAGAAAACGAAUGGCACAAGUCGAGCGGGAGAAAGCGGUGAAGCGACUAGAAGAUGUAAAAAAUUUGCAUCAUCCAUUUAUGGAUGGGUUCUGGCCACCUACUUUGAACAGUACCCAGUGUCAAGCUUUCUCCGAGGCAUUGGAGAUUGUUGCCAACGAGAUGGCAGGAAUCAGAAGAAAUGAGGCAGAGUGGAUUCAUGUAUCAGAAGACCUGAAAAGCUUUCUCAGGUUUGCUAGAAGGUUGGAGGACCCUAAUUUCCGUUUUGCACCCAUAUGUGGCUUUGAAAUGUACGACGAUCCCGGCGAGCUGCUGCAGGGAAAACCCUUUGAAGAAACCCGCGACUUCUUUAUCCGAAGCCUCAGGUACAAGCCGGAAGAACAUCUGCUGGACUGGAUGGGAGGCUAUAUCGAACUAAAGGCAACUUUUUAUUGCGGAGAAGCUGUUCGGAAAGGUUUCACUUACUAUAGCUUUUAUGCGUACUGUCGACCGUAUACAGGUCGAAAGAAGGGCGGUGACAAAGAUCACGGGAAUCACGAAUGGGCUUGGCGUGUAUUAUUUUUUAGUGAUUCAGAUGGGGUAGAUGAUCCGGGAGUUGUGGUUUUCCAUACUCUCCUGGAUUUUAUAGAAUGGUAUGGCAGUUGGUUUGAACGUAUGGAUGUGGCAGAGAUGCAGAUACAGAUGUUUGAGGACCCCGAGGAUCUUUUUAGCCAGUAUUAGCAGCAGAAAUUUAAUGGUAUACAAUUACGAGGUC